ACAAUCGAUAAUACACAACCUUGUAAGUUAGACUGUAAUUCAUUUAUAAUUAGAAACCUGAAGUUUAUUUCGCAAGCUUUUCACCGCUAAGAAAUAAUCCUCAACAUGAGAACUGCAAUUUGGGGAUUUUUAUUUAUUUGUGUUAUAUAUUCAGUUGAUGCAGCAUACAAAGUACAGAAUACAUACGACAGUCACCGGGACGUUCGUGAGCAUGGAACACAAGGUUCUAAACCAGUCUUAGAUGCCUUUGAUAUCCAUCCGGCAAACAAACCGGAAUAUGUAGCAGACUUCAGGCACGGCCACGGCCAUACAAAUCAAAGGGGUGGUGCCAGUGAGUUCGAGUGUCCUAAAGCGUGCACAAUGGAGCUGAUGCCGGUGUGUGGCAGUGACGGUCAGUCAUAUUCCAACAAAUGUGAACUCAUGGUUUCAGCCUGCAGACAGGGGAAGCGAUUAUACGUUGAAAAAGAGGGUCAGUGUUGAAUGAGCUACGGAACUGGUUGGAAAGGAGGUUAUAAGAGACUGUGAAGUGAAAAAAAAAGAUCUAAAUUUAUUUAUACUUGUGAAAAUCAUAACACUAUGAAAUAAAAUUUCAGCUGUCCUGUA